ACUCUAAAAAAAUUCUCAAAAGGGAAGGCGGUGUCGUUUUACACACUGGGUUGGCUCGCCCACAAGUUGGCUUUCGGGUUUGGUGAAAGAAUCUGUGGCGUGUAAAGAUGAACAGCGCAGUUUGUGCUCGGUGCCAAGAGGGCUUCCAGCAGGAUGAGAGAAUCGUGAACUCUCAUGGACAAGUAUGGCACGAAGCUUGUUUUGUGUGUGCUCAGUGUUUCUCACCUUUCCCUGAAGGUGUUUUCUUUGAGUUUGAUGGGCGCAAGUACUGCGAACAUGACUUUCAGAUGCUCUUUGCACCCUGCUGUGGUAAAUGCAGUGAGUUUGUGAUUGGGCGUGUCAUCAAAGCUAUGAACAACAAUUGGCACGCUCAGUGCUUCAACUGCGCCCUCUGUAAUGUAGAGCUGGCUGACCUCGGCUUCGUCAAGAAUAAAGGCAGGUAGUGGCAAACACAUAUGUUUCAAAUGCCAUGCCAUUAUUGAAGACGGCCCAAUCAAGUUCAAGAUGGAGUAUUACCAUCCAUAUCAUUUUAAUUGUACAAACUGCGGUGAGGAAUUAACGGCUAGUGCACGUGAAUUACGAGCGGAGCUGUAUUGCUUACCAUGCCACGACAAAAUGGGAAUCCCAAUUUGCAGUGCUUGUCAUCGUCCUAUAGAGGAACGUAUUGUAACUGCACUUGGAAAACAGUGGCAUGUUGAGCAUUUUGUGUGUGCUGUCUGCGAGAAGCCAUUCCUAGGACACAAGCAUUAUGAGCGCAAGGGGAAAGCCUACUGCGAAACU